GUAGCAUAGCGCGCGGAGACCUGUCCUCUCUUCCUGCUAGGUUAGCACUGAAGGAAGGAUUCCCGUUUAUAUAAGGCGAUAGCGCGCGUAGACCUAUCCUCUCUUCCUGCUAGGUUAGCACUGAAGGAAGGAUUCCCGUUUAUAUAAGGCGAUAAAAAGUCAUGCCGAAGACCAUAACCUCUCUCCAGCGCUUAGUUUCUUUCCGCUUUGUCAAUGCAGUCGGUGUAGAGUAGCCUACGAUGUGGACUUGAUAGUGAUGCGCAGCCAACAACAACCAAAAAGAUGAAAUGCUUCUCCCGGUACCUACCUUACCUCUUCAGACCCUCGAGCACCAUCCUCUCCUCCAGCUGUCACACUGAAGCUGACAUCAUAUCCACGGUUGAGUUCAACCCAACUGGAGAGCUGCUGGCGACCGGGGACAAGGGAGGGAGAGUAGUGGUGUUCCAGAGAGAACAGGAGAGUAAGAACCAGCCCCACAGGAGAGGGGAGUACAAUGUUUACAGCACCUUCCAGAGCCACGAGCCUGAGUUUGACUACCUGAAGAGCCUGGAGAUCGAGGAGAAGAUCAACAAGAUACGAUGGCUGCCUCAACAGAACGCCGCCUACUUCCUCCUCUCCACCAAUGAUAAAACAGUGAAGCUGUGGAAGGUCAGUGAGCGGGACAAGAGACCGGAGGGCUACAACCUGAAGGACGAGGAAGGGAGGAUCCGAGACCCCACCACCAUCACCUCCCUGCGGGUACCAGUGCUGCAGCCCAUGGACCUGAUGGUGGAAGCCACUCCCAGGCGAGUAUUCUCCAAUGCCCACACGUACCACAUCAACUCCAUCUCUGUGAACAGUGACUACGAGACCUACAUGUCCACAGAUGACCUGAGAAUUAACCUGUGGAACCUGGAGAGCACCAACAGAAGUUUCAACAUCGUGGACAUCAAGCCGGCCAACAUGGAGAUGCUGACGGAGGUGAUCACAGCAGCAGAGUUCCAACCCAACCAGUGUAACACCUUCGUUUACAGCAGUAGCAAGGGCUCCAUCCGACUGUGUGACAUGAGGGCCUCAGCACUGUGUGACAACCACUCCAAACUGUUCGAGGAGCCAGAGGACCCCAGUAACCGCUCCUUCUUCUCCGAGAUCAUAUCGUCCAUCUCAGAUGUCAAGUUCAGCCACAGCGGGCGCUACCUGAUAACACGGGACUACCUCACGGUCAAGGUGUGGGACCUCAACAUGGAGAGCAAACCUCUGGAGACUUACCAGGUUCAUGACUACCUGAGGAGUAAGCUGUGCUCCCUGUAUGAGAACGACUGCAUCUUCGACAAGUUUGAAUGUGUCUGGAAUGGGUCUGACAGUGUGAUCAUGACCGGCUCGUACAACAACUUCUUCCGCAUGUUCGACCGCAACACCAAGCGUGACGUGACCCUGGAGGCGUCGAGGGAGAACAGCAAGCCCCGGGCCAUCCUGAAGCCCAGGAAGGUGUGUGUAGGGGGCAAGAGACGCAAGGACGAGAUCAGCGUGGACAGCCUGGACUUCAGCAAGAAGAUCCUGCACAGCGCCUGGCACCCCUCUGAGAACAUCAUCGCCGUGGCCGCCACCAACAACCUCUACAUAUUCCAAGACAAGGUCAACUAAUGGAUGGAGCAGCACAGACCAGCAUAGAGCCUCCUGACUGGCUGAUCACACUCACCUGGGAGAGGGCCGCAAGGCUGGGAAUCUCUGGCCGCACUGCAACUUGUGAAGAGACACAGACAGCGUUGCAGCUCUCUUCAUCCGCUCCACCUCAGAGACUUGCACCCAUGUUGUAAAUCUAGGGUUGCCCUCUGUUGCAUCCAGAACACUGAAGAACGAUGGCUGUCAACAUCUUUUGUUUGUCCAUUUUAAAAUGUUCCCCCUCUUAAGUUGUUGCUGUAGUUUAAGGUUAUGCACAUACAUGCAGGGACGAUACUUUUUUGUUCCUUAGAAGCUUUGCAUUGGGGAGAUGACCUGAGACUGGCUCUACAAACUCAACCUUUGCAUCCCUGAGAUGGUGUGCGCUUGACGCCCUUUGACCUCUCCUGCCCCUUCCGUUUCAUUCAUUUAUUAUUUAUCUUCAUGAAGGUUUUAAAACAUGCAGAGGAACCGCUGUUACCGGGUAGUAUUGAUUAAAACAAUGUAGCAAGCUUUUUGUUGCAAUUUUUUUUAAAGAACUUUACAAAAUCGAAUAAAAAAAAUAGGUACAU